GCUUCCUGGUUCUUUGCUCAGCCACCUCCGUCUCUCCAAAAACCAGAUCUUGCUGGAAUCUUCAUGGAUUCACCUGGUGCAGCAUACACUCAGUUUGGGUUUAAUCUCUUCCAAAAGCUGAAUAAAAUACAUGAUGGCAACAUCUUCUUUUCCCCCGUGGGCAUUUCAGCUGCCAUUGGCAUGCUCGUCCUGGAGGCCCGAGGAGUCACCGCAGUCCAGUUACAGAAGAUGCUUUUCUCUGAAAAAGAUGCAGAGAGCUCAAGAAUCAAGACCGAGGAAAAAAUGAUUGACAAGACAGAAGAGAUACAUCACCAAUUCCAAGAGGUUUUGGAUGAGAUAGGCAAACCCACUAAUGAUUAUGAACUAAAAAUAGCCAACAGGCUAUUUGGAGAAAAGACAUACCUCUUCCUUCAAAAAUACUUAGAUUUUGUGGAAAAAUAUUACCAUGCUUCUCUGGAACCUGUUGAUUUUGUAAACGCAGCAGAUGAAAGUCGAAAGAAGAUUAAUUCCUGGGUCGAAAGCCAAACAAAUGAAAAAAUCAAGGACCUGUUUCCAGAUGAUUCUCUAAACAGCUUCACCAAGCUGGUGCUGGUGAACAUAGUUUAUUUUAAAGGGCAAUGGGACAGGGAAUUUAAGAAAGAAAAUACCAAGGAGGAGGAAUUUUGGCUGAAUAAGAGUACAAGCAAAUCUGUGCCAAUGAUGACACAGUGCCAUUCCUUUAGCUUCACUUUCCUGGAGGACUUGCAAGCCCAAAUCCUGGGGAUUCCAUAUAAGAACAACGAUCUAAGCAUGUUUGUGUUGCUGCCCAAUGACAUAGAUGGUCUGGAGAAGGUUAUAGGUCAAAUAACUCCAGAAAAACUAAUAGAGUGGACGAGCCCAGGGCAUAUGGAAGAAAGGAACGUGACUUUGCACUUGCCCCGGUUUGAAGUGGAGGACGGUUACGAUCUGGAGGCUGUCUUGUCAGCCAUGGGGAUGGGAGAAGCCUUCAGCGUGUGCAGAGCUGACUAUCCCGGGAUGUCCUCACCCUCCAGGCUGCAUGCGCACAAGUUCCUGCACAGGUCCUUCGUGGUGGUAACCGAGGAAGGCACUGAGUCUUCGGCAGCCACCAGUGUGGGCUUUGCCCUCACCUCAGCCCCGGGUUGUGAACAUUUUCAUUGCAAUCACCCUUUCCUGUUCUUCAUCAAGCACCAGGAGUCCAACAGCAUCCUCUUCUUUGGUAGAUUUUCUUCUCCUUAGGAUAGUCAUUGCAGAAAACCAGUGUUGGAGUAUUAUUAAGACUAUGGAAAGAGCCCAGUCUUUGAAAAAAAAUUGUUUUACUUGCUUGCAUUCCAAUCUUACCAUCAAAAUCGAUGAUUUAAUGACUGUAAUAGGGGGUGUUGUGUUUAUAAUUCUCCUUCAAAGUGAAAUGUCCUUUUGUUUGUGCCACAUAUAAAGUGAGUUAAAUCAAGGCUCAUUAGUAAUCUCCUGUUGAUUUCUUCUGAAAGUAAAUCAACUUCUUGUAGUUUUGUGCACUGAUGGCAAGAAACAGACUCUUCAGUAAAGACUAUAGAUUAGUGUUUCUGGGAGUUGCUCUAGUUCUAAUAGUGUGACAUAAUACACAAAUAAAAUAAAACAGUAAUUUACUCAA